AUGACGACUCGAGGAUCUCCAUUUGAUGGGCUGCAGACACCGAGAGUGACAGCAAGAGAAGAUAUUGUGAUGCCACCGCCCCGCUCUAAACAUCAUCUGCGUAGGCGACGUCAGAGUUUGGAGGGCAGCGGCUCCGGCACAGAAGAUGGGUCUGACGCCAGUGGCAUUCGCCGCAAACGAAGCAACACCACAAACUCGCCUCCACCAACGAUUAAAGCCCAGGUCCGAGCCCAUUCUCAGCUGUUGUCCCCGCCGAGAACGUUUUUUGCUCAAAAUGACAUUAGUCUGCCACCAGACAAUCUGAAAGUCGAGAUAAUAUCGAAAAAGCUUUGUAAGCGACAGUCACCGGACAAUGCGAUAGAGGAACCAUAUCGACUAUUGAAGCAGCAGGUAACGCAGCAGAGACGAGAACACGAUGAUGGGAAAGUAGAUCGACGACCUGCUCGACCCAGUAUUGCGGAUUUGUUUUUCACGUCGACGUACAAGCAGGAACUGGAAGCGAUGUUUGCGGUGUACGGUGAUUUUGAAUCAGCGAAGCUUGUUAAGAGUUUCGGACGCGUCAAAACCAUGGCAUACAUUCGUUAUUCAAAGGUAAUCCUUGCACUGCAGCAUUUGUCGUCAAGUCAUUUCGAGAGGAAUCGUCACAGGGUGACGAAGACCCAGAACGACCUGAGUUUAUGA